ACCGCGCGUGCUCGGCGCGCGCCCGCCGCUCCAGCCUCCCUGAGCCGGGCGGGCUGCGUCCCCAGCCGCCGCCGGUUCUCGGGCUCGCCGAGCAGGGGGCGGCCGGGCAGCGCCCGGCGGCAGGAGCGGGGCCGGGGUCAGACCGCGCGGGAUGGAGCCGCCGCCGCCGCCCCGCGCCGGGGUCCCGAGCCGGCCCUAGCCGCCGCCCUCCCCCCCGCCGAGCCGGGAGGCGCCGCCUCAGGGACCGGCCAGACGCCGGGAAGGGGGCCCCGGAGACGGGCCGGCUCAGCCCUCGCUGGCGCCGCGCCCGGGCCGGGGGCGCAUGGAAGAGCCCCCUUUCCAGCCGGCUCCGCAGCUAGCCGCCCGCCGGACUGAGCCCCGGGCACGUCCCGGGGACUCGGCCGAGGGCGCCGCCCCAGCCUGCCUGCCCCGGGCGCGGUGGCCGGGGAGCCCGCGCUGCCGGGGGGCUCGGGGACCGGUCGGGGGAGUAGCGGCGUCGCUUGCAGGGGGCUGGGCGGAUUUACACCGGGCUCCGGAUUCCCCUUGGGGGAAACCUGGAUGUGAUUUGUUCUUCUUCCCACCGGCCGGCCGGCGAGAGACCAGCCCGCCGGGCUGCGCCGCUGGGCGCCCGCCCCCCGCGGGGCCCCUGGACAGCUGCGACUCGUGCUUGGCCGGGGGCAGAGAGCCCUGCCCGCUCCGGAUCACUGCGGUGCCAGCGCCUCCACCUCUUCCACGGAUGGAUGGCCACCUCAGGGGCUGUGUGGUGCUGCAUUGUGAAUCUGAAUGGAGAAUGCAUUACUUCAAGGACUCCAUACUCAAAUGAACCACUAAUGAAAGAGCAUUGGAGUCCUGAAAAGAAGCAGAGACUGGAACAAGUUUAACAGUCAAUUUGAAGGUCAAUUUAAAGACUCUCACCUUCUGGGCCUAGCAGGAUGCAAAGGAUAUUCAUGUGGCUUUCGCACAUUCCCUUACUAUUGGCUUGGUGAUUACACUCAGUCAUGGUACCUGCAGAUUGUCGAAUCCAUCAGUCAAGCAAAACACAUCCCUAACAAAGUUACAAGGGUUUUUCUACUAGGAAACUGAGACACAGUGAAGCAUCAACCAGUGGAAUCCGAGAGCUGACAGCAGGCCUGAGCCAAGGUGAGGUUUGCUAUCUUUCUUACAAUGGAAAGGCUGGCUAUCUAUCUAUUGGUUAUUAGCACUGCUGUGAAGGCUAUGAUGUGUCCAAAACGGUGUAUGUGUCAAAACCUGUCUCCAUCCUUCACCAUCCUCUGUACGAAGACUGGGCUUCUCUUUGUGCCCCCCAGCAUUGACAGGAGAACAGCAGAACUAAGAUUAAUGGAUAACUUCAUCACCACACUUAGAAGAAAGGAUUUUGCAAACAUGACAAAUCUUAUUCACUUGACACUAUCAAGAAAUACAAUAAGUCAAAUCAUGCCUUAUGCAUUUUUUGAUCUUAAAGGCCUUCAUGCAUUACAUUUGGAUAGUAACAGACUGACUUGUAUCAAUGAGGAUCAUUUCAAAGGUUUAAUUAAUCUUCGCCACUUAAUACUCAGUAACAAUCAAUUGAACUAUAUUUCUCCUGGAUCUUUAGAUGACUUUAUUGAGACACUUGAGGACCUGGAUCUAUCAUAUAAUAAUCUUGUUAAUAUUCCUUGGGAUACAAUUGGAAAGCUUUCUAAUGUCAAUACAAUCAGUUUGGAUCACAACCUCAUUGAGUUUGUUCCAGAAGGAAUCUUCUCAAACCUUCACAAACUUGCUCGAUUAGACAUGACAUCCAACAAAUUGAAAAAAAUUCCCCCUGACCCCCUGUUCUCCAGAAUCCCUGUGUAUGCUAAAUCUAAAGGGUCUCCAUUGUCCUCUCUGGUGCUUAGCUUUGGAGGGAAUCCUCUACACUGCAACUGUGAAUUAGUGUGGCUGAGACGCCUUACCAGAGAAGAUGAUCUAGAAACAUGUGCCUCACCACUGGAAUUGAUGGGCAAGUACUUUUGGUCCAUUAAAGAGGGGGAGUUUGUCUGUGAACCUCCAAUGAUAACACAUCGAACGCCAAAACUCGUGGUUAUGGAGGGACAGGGUGUCUCUUUGAAGUGCAAAGCGGUCGGUGACCCGGAUCCCUAUGUUCGCUGGAUCUCCCCCGAGGGGAAGUUGGUCUCCAAUACAUCUAGGACAAUUUCCUAUGAGAAUGGAACUCUGGAUAUUUUAACUACUACUUUGACAGAAAAAGGUACAUUUACUUGUAUAGCAUCAAAUGCUGCAGGAGAAUCUACGGCUCCCGUUGAACUUGUUGUUAAUCCUUAUCCUCAUCUUGCUAACAGCACCAACUGUGAGAAAGAUGCUGAGUCUGGGCCUUCAGACAUUCUUAUAUCUGCUAAGUCAAGUUUCCCUAAUGAAACUAAAGCUCAGCAAGAGAAGAAGGUUGUGGUUGCUGAGCUGACCUCAUCCUCUGCUCUCAUACAGUGGCCUUCCCAGCAUCAUAUUCCUGGAAUACGAAUGUACCAGAUUCAGUAUAACAGCUCUUCUGAUGAUAUACUAGUUUACAGGAUGAUCCCGGCCAUUAGCAAAUCCUUCUUCCUGACUGAUCUGGUUGCAGGACGUGAGUAUGACCUUUGUGUUCUCGCUGUUUAUGAUGAUGGAUUGACAUCUCUAACUGCAACCAAGGUGAUUGGGUGUGUGCAGUUCACUACACAGGAAGAAUAUAAGCAGUGCCGCUCUCUUCAUGCCCAGUUUCUUGGAGGAACCAUGAUCAUCAUUAUUGGUGGAAUAAUUGUGGCUUCCGUUCUUGUUUUCAUCUUCAUUCUUCUCAUGAAGUAUAAAGUCUACAACAAUCACCACAAAAAUAAAAAUACUAAAGUUAAUAAUGUCUGCUCUCAGACCAAUGGUAGUCAGAGUGGGUCAAUGGCUCAUUCUGCUUCCAAACUCACAGAGAGACGGGAAAGUUUGCAUCAGGAAUGCUCAGGAACUUCCAUCAAAGGCAAAACUGUUGUAGAUUUGGAUUGUGAAAGAGUGACUCUUACUGACACAACCUUUUUAACAACUGAAGCGUUAUCUCAAUAGCAAUGUGACAAAGCAGGACACACCACAUGAGCCAAGGUGGUAUCGCUUAAAACAUUUUAAUGCGAGUGGUUGUAUUUUAAGCUUCACUACUAUUGUCUAUUUUUAAGAUCAGAUGGUUUAAAAAAUAUUUUUUUAAUCUGUAAAACAGUUCCUGCAUUCUUAAAUAUUUUUGUUUCAAUAUAUUAAAUAUAAAGUGUGUGAUUUACAAGAUUUUUUUUUACUGUUUCUUUUAUAGCUACACCUGUGGUAUUGAAUCAGAAGCAUAACUAUAUUAUGACUAGGUUUGUCUUUAGUAAAAAUGCACUAUUAAUUCAUUCAGUUACCAACUGGCAGCAAGACCAACUCUCAGGAACCUCAAACUUCUCUGAUAGUAGAGUCAUUUACCAGUUCAACUACCGAGCUGUUAAUGAGCAAUGAAAUGUUAUAAAGAGUUCUCAGCUUGUUAAUCCUGAGACAUUCAUCAGUCUAUGUGCACUGUAUACAUGUCAUCCACAAAAGAAAAAGCUAAAGGUUCCUCCGUGGACAAAAUACUACUCCAAAUAAGGAAAAGAAAAUUGAAGGAUUUUGACAUCAUCUCGCACUAUUCAUUGGUACGGAAUUGCUGGCGUAUAUUGUUUGCUUUGUAAAGGCUGGUAUUAUUCAAGACUGUGCCUUGAAGACCCUUCUCUUUCUUUUCAGUUAGAUUUACCUCACCUUAGACAGGGAGGAGCUCCCACUUUUGUCCUUCCUAAUUUAAGUCUUCAGAAAGCUACUUAAAUUAGAAAUGGUGUGUUGUGCACAUCUUUUGCUACACUGGAAACUGUGUCCUAGUCUCCCACUCUCAAAUUGUGUCAAGUGUCAACCAAGUUAAUCUCUCUCUUUUUGGUAUGUUUUUAGAGGGAGGACCCACGAGUUAAAGCUCCACUGCAUCUUCAGAUAACAUUGAUAACCAAUCUCUUUAUUUCUGUAGUACUGCAUGAAGCGUAAUGUAAUUGGCCAAAGGAUUAGCUAUGUAAAUGUUUAUGUGCAAUUCAUUUUAACAAUUCAUAUUUAAUAAUUAAAUCUUUUUGUUUAAAGGCGUACUGUCAGGUCAAAAUGAGUCCCCAAAUUAGGUGUUUGUAAUGACUUCCAACAAAACCUAAGAGCAAUCCAUGAGUUUAAAUAAAUUGUUGAAUUAAACAACAGCAUUCCUCUGCACUGUUCUAGCAUGUGAAUUUGAAGGCAAAAUUACUGAAAAAAAAGAAACCCUAUAUAAAUAAAACUGACUAGUCUCUUUUUUGUUGUCCGAAAAGAUGUGAAGGUAAGGAACAACAACAAGGAAGGAAAUGACUUGAAAAGUAAUAGGUUCAUUUCCAAAACAAAACAGUUUAAAUCUUUAAGAGGACUGCGUGAUAAUGUAAAAAUAAAAGGAAAUCCUUAUUCUAACAGUUUCGCUUUAAACAACCAGCAAUAUUUCUCUGGUUGGAUCUGAAAACAUGGGACAGGCAAAGAUAUACAUUGGACAGUUAAAAGCUGUAUUAUUAUUGCACAACAUUAAAGUAAUAUAU